AUGGCAUCGUCGUCCGAUUCUUCCGUCGACCUUGCCACUGUUGACGCACUCGAGUUGCUGCCUGACAACUCUGCUGCUAAUUGGCACUCUUAUGCUCAUUCCGUUGAGGUGCUCCUCUCCUCUGUUGUGAGCUCGGAAACCGCCAUUCGCACCUACCGCACCAAUCUCCAAGAGCACCUGCGCCUGCAAUUGCGUUACGAGGACGACAGGCGCAUCCAUGACGAGGCCGCUGCCCGCUACAGCACGUACCAGGAGGACCUGGACACCUACACUGCAGAACUUGCAGACUACACCACGAAAAUUAAUGCCUGGCGGGUUGCUCAUCGGCGUGCGCUUGCCAUUCUUCUCGCCACCAUCCCCUCCUCCCUCAAACGCGAGUUCUCACCUACCUCCUCCUCCCACCUGUGGCGACUGCUAGUCGACCUUUUCGAUCGGCAGGACGUUGCCACUCUUUACGCCCUUAUCAAGGAGUUUGGAACUCUCUCCAUGGAUUCCACUUCUGGCGCAGCUGCUUUCACUCGCCGUGUCUUAGACCUUGCUCGGCGCCUUGCAACACUCAAUGUGGUGUACCCGGACACCGUCAUCUGCUGCCACCUCCUCGAGGGCCUCACACCUGCCUUCGACGCUCACAAGCUUGCUUACAUGCAGCUUAUCUCCAAGCACCACACCCCUGCCGAAGUCGCUCAGUGGAUUAUCACCACCGAAGCGGAGAUCCUUCGCCACUCUUCCUCCACAGCCGCAGCAGCCCAGUCGCGCAGCAGCCGGGGUGGACGUGGCGGUGGGCGUGGGGGUGGGCGUGGUGGUGGGCGUGGGGGUGGACGAGGGGGAUCAGCAGGUCGCGGUGGUGCUGGCAGCAGUGGUGCGGGUCGUGGUACGGCAGCUGCCUUUCCUCCCUGUCAGUACCUGCCUCGCUACGGUCCCACUCAGGGACAGCGCUGCGGCCAAACCACCCAUGCCACUGAGACGUGCUUCAAGGCACUCAGUGAUGAGUGGUUUGCCCGUGGCAACACCGGCACCCCUCCUCGCUGGUCCGCCCUCAACCCUCACCCCACUCCCCUUGAGGUCCGUUCCUCUCCCCUUUAUGAACCUCCCUCCUCCACCCACGCCCACCAAGCCCUCGCCCCUCCCCAGCAGCAGCACCAGCAGCAGCAACAGCAGCAGCAGCUUGGGAAUCAGCAGCAGGGGUCACAACAGCUAGGCCACCCCAAUUUCGCUACUCUGCGCUCCUCUGUCUCCUCCGGUCUCCUCCACGGUCUCCCCUCCUCCCUCCCUCCCCUCCCCAAAUCCCCUGCCCCCCCCUGCACCAAAGGUGCGCGUGCAAGCAUGGAUGUGCACGAGUUGCGUUAUGGCAGGAAGUACGAUCGUCGUGAGGGUGAUCGCUCGCGGCGGGAGCGCUCACGAGAGCGCGGGCGUUCGCUAGAGAGGUCGCCGCGGAGGCCUGACCGCUCGCCGCGGAGGCCUGAGCGCUCGCCGCGGAGGCCGGCUUUUCGCGCCGAUCUGGUCCCUCUCGCGCCAGAUCGCCGUGAAGAAGGUGCAGAGCGCGAAGGAAGAGGCGGAUCCGAGUCCGUCAGGAUGGGAAGUGACCCGUGGCGGACGGAUACGCACCACGGGGCUGGUGGCGAAUGCGGACAUCGCCACGACACGGGAGCGUAUCGCUCGCCGGACGAAGGUUACCGCCGUCGCGAAGAUCGCAGUCGCGGGCGUGGCCUGGAGGAGCUAUUCUCUGGUCGGCAAGGAGAUCUCGAUGUGGAUGGGGAGGGCGAGGUCGAUAUGGCGGAGAAGCCGCACGAAAUGGAUCUCGAGAGUGAAGCGAAGGGCGAUGACGAGGCCCAUGAGGAAGGCGCGGGCGAGCAGCGCGAUAUGCACGCCGAAGUCAAGGAAGCCAGUCCGAUGCUGGCGAGCGAGGAGGCUGCGCCAGGCGCGGCAGAAAUAGGCGGGAAGGAUGGUGCGCGGAACCAGACGCGUGGUGAAGAAGGCAACGACGACAGGAGGCGUAGCCGUGGAUCGCGCUCGCCGACCCCCCAUCAGCACCACGACCAGAAUCAUGGUGGCGAGAGGCAUGCGUCAGAUCCGCGGCUGCAGCAAGACAAGAGGCGCGACGGCGGGCAUCGCUCGCCAGAUCCGCGGCUGCAGCGUGACGAGAGGCGCGGCGGCGACCAUCGCUCGCCAGAUCCGCGGCGGCAGCGUGACGAGAGGCGUGGCGGCGACCAUCGCUCGCCAGAUCCGCGGCUGCAGCGUGACGAGAGGCGCGGCGGCGACCAUCGCUCGCCAGAUCCGCGGCUGCGGCGUGACGAGAGGCGCGGCGGCGGCUACCGCUCGCCAGAUCCGCGGCGGCAGCGCGAGGACAGACGUGACGGCGGCAACCGCUCGCCAGAUUCGCGGCAGCAGCGUGAGGACAGGCGCGACGGCGGCUACCGCUCGACUGAUGUGCGGCAGUGGCACGACGAAAUGCGCGGAAGUGGUCACCACUUGCCAGAUCCACGGCAGCGUCGUGGGGAGGAGCGCGGAGACAGCACGCGUUCACCAGAUCCGCGGAGCGCUCGCCUGACGCGCAACGGUAUCCUGGAGGAGGGUGGAGAGGCGAGGCGCGCUCGCCGGAUUGGCGGCAGCAGCUUGAGGAGAGUCACGGGGGCAGACAUCGCUCGCCACCGCGGCAGCGGAGCAGGGAUAUAA